AUGGCAUACCCUAUUCUGUCUCUCUGGCUGCUGGUGACCAGGCUGGGUCCUCUUGCCUAUGGCCAAAGUGCACCUGCCCAGGAAAAUCAUACAACCCCAGUGGAUGGGCCAACCUCCUCCCCCUUCCUGGACAAUUCCCACUUUGCCUUCAGCCUGUACCAACAGUUGGUGGCCCCAGACCCAGACAGGAAUGUGCUCUUCUCCCCACUGAGCCUUUCUGUUCCCCUCACACUGCUAGCCCUCCAGGCCAAGCCAAAAGCCCGCCCCCAGAUUCUGCAAGAUCUGGGGUUUCAUCUCGCUGAGGUCCCAGAGAGCAGGAUGCAUGAACACCCCAGUCAGCUCCUGGAAGCCCUCCUGUCACCCCCGGGGGCGUGCCAGAUGGAUACCGGCAGCAUGCUCUUUCUGGGUCAGGGUCGAAACCCAAGGCGGAAGUUUGCCCAAAGAGCCAAGAGUCUGUACCGCACGGAGAUCCUCGCCACAUCCUUCAAGAACUACCGGGUGGCCAGGCAUCAGAUGGACCUGGCCAUGGAGAAGAAGACCGGGGGCAAAAUCAAGACCUUUUUUGAGGGGAUGAAGAUGCACUCGGUUUUGAUUCUGGCAAAUUAUAUAUUCUUUAAAGGGAAAUGGAAGUACCGCUUUGACCCGAAGGACACUAGGAUCAUGCCCUUCUCGGUGAGCAAGGAGCUCAGCGUCCCGGUGCCCAUGAUGCAGAGGCUGGGCUGGUUCCAGCUGCAGUACUUCCGCCACCUCCACAGCCACGCCCUCCAGGUGCCCUGCGUCUGCAACACCACUGCUCUCUUCAUUCUUCCUGAGAAGGGGACGGUCGCCCAGGUGGAGGAGGCGCUGAUGAAGGACAAUUUGGACAAGUGGACUGAGCCCUUCCCACUGAACAGGAGGAAGUUGUAUUUUCCCAAAUUAUCCCUGAGUGGGAAUUAUGACCUGGACAAGCUGGUGCUCUCACCCAGCGGCCUGAAUAUGUUUGGUUACGGCAUAGGCCUCUCGGGAAUCUCUGUGCAAACCAUCCCCAUAAAGGUCUCUAAGGCAGUGCACAGGGUGGAGCUGAUCGUGGAUGAGGAAGGGACAGAUGAGGAAAACGUCGCCAGCUUCAGCUACUUUCCCAAGCACCAGAUCCCGGCCGUUCACUUCAACAAGCCCUUCCUGCUGCUCGUCUAUCAGGAAGGCAGCCACAACCUUCUCUUCAUGGGGAAAGUGAUAAACCCCAACGCACCCUAG